GGCUAGAUUGACGUUGACUAAUGGCGUCCCGAGUUACGCUUCUGGCCUAAACCGUUUAUUCGUCAGUUACCUUUGAGGAAUGAAUUAUCGCUAUUACCAAGAAUGGAAGACGAUUAUCACAAAGCUGGGUUAUACAGAUGGAAAAGACAAACAAAACCUCGGAUACAUUCCAGGGCUCAAAAGGUGACAACUACAGAUGAUAUUAAGCACUGGAUUGAGAAGCUGCAUCAAAUCUUGCUGCUGAGGCUGUGCUGGGAAGAGACAACAUCAUGCAAUGUACCUGGGCGAGUGCGAGGUCAACAGGCUGUGCAGGAGAUGUCAGAUAAUGCAAGAAUACAGAAUGAAGCUUAUGAAGAAGCUGAAGAAUUGCUUCGGCAAUGGAUAUCCGAAAAGGUCACUCAUUCCAAAGAUGGAGCUGAACCUGAUGCUGAUGUUGAAACUGAUGACCCCUGGCGACAGCAGGAACUGGGCUCAAAGGCUAGACGAGAAUGGAACAGCAUGCUGAAUGGGAAUUUUGAGGAAUUUAGUGGCAUGGGGUUUGCAUCAAAUGGAAAAAGAGAAAGCAGCUUAGAAGCCGAUCCAUUUGCUAACUUGUACAACAUGGAGGAGGAUGAGGCAGUGUCCACAGUGAUUAAAACCAUGCUUGAGAAAGAAGUGGUAAGGUCAGACUUCAAGAAGGACUUGGGAUUUGAGUCUGAUCAGAAGUUUCAUGACCCUCGGUCCAAAAUGGAACUUCGGCACCAACGUGUCCGAGAAAAUCGAAAAAGGGAGCAAAAAUUGGAAAAAAAGAAGAAAGAGGCAGAGGUUAGGAAACAAGCGCGACUAACAGCUCAUCAGAUUGUUUUGAAGGAGGAGAAGGAUCGUUACCUCCGAGCCAAACAAGAGGAGCUGCAGAUCCGUCAGCAAAUGAAUGCCAUUCGCAAGGAAAUGGCCGAGCAGCACAAAGCUCAAAUGGAAGAGAAACUGAGGCUGAAAAUGAACAAGAAGUACUGGCUUAUCAAGCUCAGGGCUAUGCUUCAUAGGCAUUUCUUGGCCUGGCACAACAUUGUCAUCCAACGACGCAUGCAGCUUGGCAAAGCACGUGCUCUUGCUGACUGGAAACUGAUGCUGCGUGUAUGGAAUGCCUGGAGGUCACUGGUGCGCUCUCAGCAUCUUACACUGGAGACUGAACAGCAUCAAAAGAAUGUUGCAGAAGAAAAUAGGAAGAAUCUCAUAGCAACACGGCACCACCACACAAUCACGCUACACCGUCAUUUCAACAUGUGGCGAGAGUGGGUCAUCAAGCAGCAGGACCAGAGAGCCUUGCAAAAGAUGCAGCAAGAGACGCGAACCAAGAUGCUCAACCUGCUGAAAGCUGUGACAGAGGUGGGGUUGGGAUCAGCCCCUCCUUCUCACACUCCACCAAGGGAAAGGAAUGGCACAGACAGCAAGAAGAGUAGAUCUGGUCCAUCUACACACAGAAGUGGUUCAGAGAGCCAAGGGCAUGCCAUUCCAAGAGAAGCAUGGCAGGUGAAAAAGCAUGUGAAACUGACCAAAGAGGAGAUUAAAAACCUGAGCAGGAACCCCACUAACGAGCAGCAGUAUGAAGAGGUUCCUCAGCAUGAUGACUUGAAGAUCAGACGCAGGUUUGGUACCCAGCCAUGGAUGAACAAGCGGUAUGUUGUCAACAACUUUGAGCACCGCUUUAUGGCACAGCAAAAGCUACUUCAUACCCAGCAAAGUGAGAUCCGUGAGCAGCGACGCCUCCUUCAAGAACUGAUGUCAGGGCAGCAGGUGCAGUCCCUUCAGACGAAUUUGCGUGAGCAGCAUGAGAGGAGUGGGGAUGACCAUGUUCAGGACAUUGAAGAAGAUUCCCCAGUGAAAGGAUCAAGCAGUGCCAGAAGUGAGAAAAGGAUGGCAGGCGGGGACGGUGCUAGCAAACAGAUGACAAUCGUCAGACAAGAGCUUAGCCCAGACACCUCAAGGACAGACAGGUCUGCCACAAGAGAAUUCCCUCCCACUCACCAAGAUGUGAUAAGUAGAGGGAAUACUUGCAGGUCAGAAGUUAGCACCUUCAGGAGUGACCACAGUAGCAGUGCAGUCAGCCAGAACCAUGCAAAUAAAUAUCUUCAAGUCCUUGAAAACAUGGACAAGAGAGCAAAGGAGAGAGCACGAAUGAAGGCAGAGAGGGACGAGAAACGUCGCAGAGCAGAAGAAGAGAGAUUGGAGCGCCUGAAGCAGGAAGAGGAGGAUCAUAAAAAGAAGGAGGAAGAAGAGAAAAGAGCAAGGGCUUUGGCGUACAAAGAGAAGAAGCGGCAGGAAAAACAGAAAGAGCAGGAAAGGCAAAAUGAACUUCAGCGACAAAUAGAACUGAAUGUGAGGGCAGAUGAGCACUACAGGAAGGCAUUGAUGAAGUUCUGGGUGUUAGUGCCCUUGAAGAAAAUGGUUGAGAUGGCACAGGAGAAGAUGAAAGUGGCUGAACAUCAUCAUAAUCUAUGCAUGAUGAGGCUAACAGUCAAAGCUUGGAAAACAUUCACAGAUGAGGUCACAGCAGAGAAAAAAAGGCUUGCCGACGAGCUUUACGGCUACAUCAUUGUGCGGCAUUGUUUCAAGAGCUGGAAGAGUUACAAAUACCGAGCAAUGUUCUUGGAACGACGAGCAGACAGAUUCUAUAGUGACUUAAUUGUGCCUAAAGCUUUUGAUGCAUGGCGCCAGUUCACAAAUGAAGAGAAGGAAAAGGGAGAGCAGCAGAUGCAAAAGGCAGCAGAAUUCUUUCCCUUGCACCUGCAACGAAAAGUUUUCCGAGCCUGGCGGCGGUUCCCAAAGGAGUUGCAAAGAGAGGCGGAGCGAGAGAAGCUGCGAGCAGAAAUGAGACGAAAAGUGGCUGUCUUGUUACCCGACUUUCAGCCUUUGCAGUCAGUCAACAACAGCACAGACUCUUUUAACUUUUCUUGAUUUUUUAACUCCCCUAGAAACCACAAAUUUUAAAAGUGUACAACUCUUAAAAUGGUUAUAAUCUACUGACCAAGAUUUAUCUUUGCCACAAAAUGUUUAUGCACAAAAGAUCUAUAUAUGUUUGUGUGUGAGAGAGUGUGUGUGUGUGCUUGUAGAUUUUAGCAUAGUCAGAUAUGUUGGGGUGUGUGAGAGAGAGAUAGUGUCUGUAUGCCUGUAGAGUUUUGUAUACUCAGAUGUGGGGCAGUUGUCAGAAGUUUGAGCAUGAAACAAGUUAUUCACUAUCAUUGCAACUACUUUUACUUGAGUCUUGGAAGCAUGUUAAGAGACUUUCUAAAGAGAAAAGUAACCAUGAGGGUGGGGUGGAUUGGUUAGCAAAAUGGUUCAAGCAAGGGCAUAGACUAGCUGCAGUGAUACUUCUGUCAGACAGCAUGCUUCCUGCUGUUGACCUUGACCUGUAGAAGACUAGGGAAGGAAAGGCAAAGAUGUCUCAUUCACAAAUGCCCUGCUCUCAAGAUUGGUGCACUCACAUAUGCCCUUAAGAUGUCUGCAGUUUCAAAUGCCCUUCCAUUAAAAAACAAAGCAUUUUGAGAUUAUGCAUUUUUCCUCAGAAUUAUACAUAAUGACGUGAAAGCAGAAAACUGAAUUAGCUGUGUGAAAGGCUAACCGGAGUGCAAUAUUUUUUCUUUAUGCUCUGGUUUAGUUCAUUUUAAAAUAAGAAUUCCCAAAAUAUGAUUACAUGAUUAUGCUUACUUUUUAAGAUAUAAGCUUUCAAACAUCAGCAUUCUCACCUGCCACUAGAAAAGCAGGAGAAAUUAGAGAGCUCUGUUGGCUGUAAGUGGUAUUUGUAACAGUGUGGCUCAGUAAAUCUAUUCUUGUCUUCAAGUCCAAUGAAGAAACAUUGAUCAAAAAUUGUGUUCAAGAAGCAAUUUUUUUUUUUUUUUUUGCGCAGAAAAUGAAACAGCUGAUUUUGCAUACAGCCCUACAGUUCUGAACUUUACUUAGAAGUUAAGGAUGAUCAGGCCCAAGCUUUGAUUGAAGUUUAAAAAAUUAAAAUUUUUAAGUGAUUUCAGACUGGUCUCCAGAUCUAAAUGUAAUGGGCAAUAAUCAAGGUCAUUGCAGUCUGUUUUGUAUAAUUAUUAAUUUGCUGUUACGAAGUGGGUGCAUUUGACUUAAUUUUUCCAUGUGACUACUGAUAGCAACUUUUAUAAAACCAUGAAAAAUAAUUUGAUACAUAUUUAUUGAUGUAAAAACUUAUUUCUCCUCAUUUAGCUUCAUGCAAAUUUUACUAUUUAGUCGCACGUUCCCAUUUAAGAUGUCAGGUGUUUUACCACUAUCAGUUCUUUUUUAAUUGUUUUGAGCUGCACAUCAAUGGUGCCUUAACACUGUUGUUUUUAGCAUUGUGCUGGAUAAGGUUUGUGAUAUGUUUGUGACUGUGUCACAAUGUUACUUGUAGACCAGAACAGUGUAGAAAGCACCAAUCUUGUGUAUCUGGUGCUUGAUCUUUAAACUUUUUAUCUUAUCAUCAAUCAAAGUUGGCUAUAUUGUUUUUGUAUAGUUGACAUGUUGUAGGAAGAUCUCUUUGUUUUACUGAACACCUAAGACUUGUCUUUACUGUAUAAGUCACUGGAUAAUAAUUGCUUUUAAACUGUU